CUUUUCAUUAACCGUGACGAAGAAGGGGUCUUGUUAAAUUCUUAAUCUUGCUCUGUCAUUUCUGACUUGCUCGCGACGUCCCUUGCCACCAUUAGUCACUCAGGAGUUCCUUCCUUCUGAUCGCGUGCGUGCUCCAUAGUUUCCUUUUCUUUCGCAACAUCUUUUCCGUCUCUGUUUAAGUUAAUCUAUUCCUUUGGUUGUCGAUUUUCCAAGAUAAAAAUCUUAGCUUUGUUCUGAGAUUUCGCCAACUCCCCCAAAUCUCGAUCCCUUGCCUUUAAAGGCCCACGCCAUCAUCAUUAUUUCCCCUCUAUUUACUUCUCUCAUUUUCUGGGCCCUCCCGAAGGAUUUGUUUUCUGGGUUUUUGGUGGAAAUGGCGUCGAGCAUAGGAAUCAUGGACAGUGCUUACUUUGUCGGCCGGAAUGAGAUUUUAACUUGGAUCAACAAAAGACUUCAACUCAAUCUCUCGCGCGUUGAGGAGGCUGCAUCUGGUGCUGUACAAUGCCAGAUCAUGGACAUGACAUAUCCGGGGGUUGUUCCAAUGCACAAGGUGAAUUUUGAUGCGAAAUCAGAGUAUGAUAUGAUCCAGAAUUACAAAAUUCUUCAGGAAGUGUUUAACAAGCUGAAGAUUGAGAAGCAUAUUGAAGUUAACAGGCUCGUUAAAGGCCGACCGUUGGACAAUUUGGAAUUUCUACAAUGGCUGAAACGUUAUUGUGACUCUGUUAACGGCGGCAUUAUGAAUGAGAAUUAUAAUCCUGUGGAGCGAAGGAGUAAGUGUGGAAAGGAUAAAAAUCUUAAGAGUUCUUCGAAGAGCUCAAAAUCACUACAAACGAACGUUGUUAAUAAUUCUGUUUCAGGCAACACACUCAGACCUAAUGGAACCUCUGGGCUCAAGCAACAUAGGUCAAGUAGUGCAGCGGGCGUGAUUAACUCUUCAGCAGAUAUUGAAGCUUUGUCCAAGGAGAUAACUGAUCUCAAACUCUCUGUGGAUGUCCUGGAAAAAGAAAGAGACUUUUACUACGCAAAACUAAGAGACGUAGAAAUUCUUUGUCAGACUCCACAACUGGAGAAUGCGCCUAUGUCUAUAGCAAUCAAGAAGAUUUUGUAUGCUGCUGAUGCAAAGGAGUCAGCGUUAGAUGAAGCUCAGGAUUACCUUAAUCAAAUUUUGGAAGCUGCUCAAUCUGAAGAAGAAGAAGCACAAGUGGAAGCAGAAAAUGAAGCUUGAUUUCUUGCCAAAAUGACACCUGGCUGGUAUGCGCAAGAUAUUUGCCAGGCUUCUUGUUGAACAAAUUGAAGUAGAGAAUUGUAGCCUUAUGGUGCCUCUUGCUUCUCCUUGUAAGUGCUUGAUAUUUCCAAUAUAGUUUUUCUCAUCGUAGGCUUCUUCUAUUGAAUAAGAAUAUCUCUAAUGAUGGCGGCUUGAGGAAUGGAGCUGGUCAGCACAUCCAUAAUUAUAUCUUGUUAAUUUAAUUGUAUCUCUGCCAUGCUUUCUGUGUGCAUAAUGGUGCUUGAAAUAAUGAAGAAUUGUCUGUCAAAAA